ACGUCGUGCCAGUGCCCAGGCGACGAUCUCUCUUUGCGCCUCCAUUGUCAUACGCGCAGCUCCGCGGUAGGACACCAUGAUCAUCCAAGAGUACUCGCCCUCCGAGAAACAUGUCGAGGCUUACAACCAUGAUUUCAGUGUGCAGGUGUGCUGUCGUUUGGCCUGCUUGCGAGGGAAUUAAAGUUGAUGAUCCUCUCCCCAUCGCCCAGAAUCAGGACGAGCCUCCGCCAUACGAGGAGAUUGCCGGCACUUCAUCACUUGUAUUGGAUUCAACGGCACACCUAUCUCUGCCUCAGCUUCCGAUCCCUACGUCGGGGACCUCCAUUCCACAAUUCCCCAGUCCCUCCCCUGCGACUUCCAUACAAUCGUCGCCCCAGUUCCCCUUGCCUGAAUAUAAAUCUUCGGCGCGGCCUCGCAUUCCCACGGCACCACAGCUCCCUGUUUCUGUGCCGCUUUUCCGCCCUCCUCAAGAGAAGACUGUGAACUACUUGUCCUUGUACUCAAGGAACGACGCUAUCAUAGGAACAUACCUCGUCGAUCCACAAUUGAGACACGCGAACUCUCCGGGCAGGCGGGACCGCUCCGUGGAGAAAGCCCACGCCCAAAAUGUGCGCGAUGUGUUCGGCUCUAUGCCAGACGGAGAGGACGGGAAUGAGUCGGACGAUUCGGAUAAGUGGGGUUGGCUGCGCAGGCACAGCACGCGACAGCCGGACGUGAACGCGGCGUUCAGGACGCGCCAUGGGAACAUGAAGGUUGUAUUCAGCAUCGUGGAGUCGAAUGCGGCAUUACAGGCCUCCACGGCCUCACAGAAUGCUGAGCGGAAAGUGCGGGGCCGUGUGAUGAUGUCAAGCCGCCAUGGGCGCAUCGACGCUAGGCUGACGGAGAUCCAUCCAAACCGUUGCGUCGACCUCGAUGUCUCGACGUGUCACGGCAACAUCAACGUCUUCCUUCCUUCCAACUACGACGGCAUCGUCGCCUUCCGUACGCGACGCGGCACCAGCGGGAUUUCCUUCCUCCCAGCCUUCGCCGCACGCGCACGCGUCCUCCGCGGGAACGACCACGAGAUGCUCGUCUCCCUGUCGUCUACGACCACUCAUAUGGAGGCAUUCUCUCCACAAGAGAGUGAAGACUAUUGCAUCAUUGGGACACGGCACGGGAAGAUUACAAUCGGUCUGCACGGCAAAGACGACGAGUCGGCGGUGAUACAGAGCAGCGGGAUCUCUGGUCUCGUGGGUGCGCUGGUAGGGACAGGGGCGAAGCAGAUCGGCGACAUCGUGCAGAUGGGAACGAAGGCGAGUAUGAAGCUACUGGAGUCGACUCUCCAGGCGAGCAGUACAACCGCUCGCGAUACUGCCAUGCAGGCUAGACAAGUUGCGCUGGACCACGCGAACUGGGCGAGGAUGACAGCGACGGAGACUGCACGUUUGUCAAGGAUGACUGCAGCCGAGACUGCGCGUUUGUCAAGGAUGACUGCAGCCGAGACUGCACGUUUGUCAAGGAUGGCUGCAGCUGAGACUGCCCGCUUGAGCGUCAUGCAAGCGAGAUCGCAAACUAGGAAGCAUUAGUUUACACCUCUUCGCCAUAGCUACGAGAGUCGUGCACU